AAAUCAGUUGACCGCGAAUCGUAGCUGAGAACAGAGAUGCUGCUAAAAAGGUAUUUUUUCGACACACAAUGUAGGCUCGGCGGGGUGCUGGCUGUGCUGGCAGUACUUGGCUGGUGCGGUGCCGAGGCUGAGUUCUAUUCCUCCGUGCAUGCGAUGUCCAAGGUCUUUGGCUAUGAGCAGAAAAUGUUGCAGCACAUGCAAAAAUUCAUAGCUGAUAAUGAGAGCAAAUUGGAUUUUCUGAGAGCGCGGCUGGACGAAUUCGAGCGCGAGCGUGACGAAGCUGAGCAAUGGGGCGUGGCGUACUUCGAAAGUCCGCUGAACAAAUAUUUGCUGAGCAAACGUCUGACAUUGGACUGGGAACACAUUGCAAAUCUCAUGGCUGCCACAACCGGAGCGAAACCCCUGUUACGCCUGCAGCGGCUGCGCCAGCACGAGAGCAUGCCGAACGCUCGGGAACUGGAGGGCGCCAUCGAUGGAUUGCUGCGUCUGCAAUUCGUUUAUAGAUUGAAGACCAAACAUGUGGCUGCUGGAGUGCUCGACGGUGUUUCCUACGGUACUCAAUUAAACGCUCAGCACUGCUUGGACAUAGCCCAACAGGCAGAACGAGAUGAUCAUCUGCAGUUGGCACACGCCUGGCUGCUUGAGGCGAACAGCCGUCUAUCACACAGCGAUCGAGCUCAACUACAGCCACUCAUCUUGCGGCAGUUAGUAAAAGUCAAAGCCAGGCUAAGUGAUCAUAGAGGCGUAAAUAGUACCCUGCAAGUUCUUCAGAAUGUAGAGCCAGGCAGUGAGACGCCCUUGAAUAAGUAUGAAGACUUGAUGCAAGUCCAACAUCAAAUUGAUGAGCUGACCGCUGAGCCAGUCGAAGAGCAUGCACCCUUGCCCGAGGAUUUUACAAAGCUGAGCGACUUCGAACUGUAUCGCUACACCUGCAAUGGUCAUAUAAAGCCAACGCCUAGCGAGCUGCGUCGGCUGCGCUGUGGUUACAUGAGCGAGACGCAUCCUUUCCUGCUACUGGCACCUCUAAAAGUCGAGGAGCUGAGUCACGAUCCACUGCUUGUGGUCUACCAUGAUGUCAUCUACCAGAGUGAAAUUGACACGAUAGCUAGGCUCAUCAAAAAUAAGAUUCAGCGUGCCACAGUAAUGGGCAACAACUCAUCCGUUGUAUCCAACGCGCGCACCAGCCAGUUCACCUUUAUCCCGAAGACCCGUCACAAAGUACUGCGCACCAUCGAUCAGCGUGUGGCCGAUAUGACCGAUCUGAACUUGGAAUAUGCGGAGCAUCAUCAGCUGGCCAACUACGGCAUUGGCGGCCACUAUGCCCAGCAUAUGGACUGGUUCUAUCCGAACGCCUUUGCAACUGAGCAGGUGUCCAGCAUAGAAAUGGGCAAUCGCAUUGCCACCGUGUUAUUCUAUCUCACCGAUGUGGAACAGGGUGGCGGCACCGCAUUUCCCGUUUUGAAGCAAUUGCUGAAGCCAAAGAAAUAUGCAGCCGCGUUUUGGUACAAUCUGCAUGCUUCAGGCGUGGGCGAUGUGAGGACGAUGCACGGCGCCUGCCCCAUUAUUGUGGGCUCCAAGUGGGUGCUUAAUCGCUGGAUACGUGAAUUCGUGCAAUCGGAUCGCCGACCUUGUCACCUGUGGGACGACUCGCUGCUCACGCUUAGCCAAGUCCUGGAGCUGGAUAAAAGUCAAAUAGAGUGA